AUGGACUUCUACGCUUUGCAAGACAGUCUCUUGCGCAAUUCCAAGAGCGGAGGCAGCUCUGACACCGUCGACGUCGAGUCUAGGUACGUCUUGAUAGAGAAAAUCGGCUCUGGCUCUUAUGGCGAUGUCUGGAGCGCGACUCGGCGCACAGGGGCGAAGGACGUGUACGCAGUGAAGCGCAUCGACAAGCGUCACGCGGGCAUCAAGGGACUGCGGAGCGUCAUGGGCGAAGUGGAGACGAUGAGCCUUCUUUCUCAUCCCAAUAUCGUCAAGCUCGAGGAGACGUAUCAAGACGAAGCUUGCCUAUCAAUUGUGAUGGAGUACCUCCCUGGCGGUUCCCUUCAGCACCGCAUAGACCGGCAAAACGUGUCUGAACUGGAGACGCGGCGCUUCAUCACGCAGCUGCUGAUGGCUGUCGAGUACAUUCAUGAAAAGGGUAUCGUCCACCGCGAUUUGAAGCCGAGCAACUGCCUACUAUCUCAAAAUGACCUCGUCGUAAAGAUAUCAGACUUCGGGCUAUCCGUGUUUGCCGGCAAUAAGCAAUGCUUGACGACGUGCUGUGGCACGCUGCACUUCAUGGCACCCGAGAUUCUGCUAGAGAAGAACUACGGUAAGCCGGUGGACAUGUGGGCCAUGGGCGUCAUGGCACACGUGAUGUUUUUCGGUCGUUACCCAUUUCAGGCCCGUACAGAGGCGGCGCUGACGAAGGACAUCUGCCGCGGGUAUCUUCCGCGGGAGGAGGGUGGUGGUGGGCUGCCAUGUCCAUCGCUGCUACAAGACUUUAUCAGUCAACUUCUCCUGUACGACCCACACCGUCGAAUGAGCGCCAAAGAUGCUCUCAAGCACCCAUGGAUCAAGGAAGGUUUAGACGCUAAUCGGCGGACGUCCCUCUACCCGUCACAAGCACCUUCGGUGACAGCGAUGAAGCCAUCUGCGCGCUGGCGGGCGGCGGUGCUUGCAGUCAUAGGCGUACAGCGGCUCCUCUACCUGCAGAGAAUUCAGCGGCUAGUGCGGCUCGGUUAUGACGGGUUUCCAAUUUUGCGUGACUACCGCUACCUCGUAACCGGCAAGUAUGUACCUGCAAGCACCUCUGUAGAGUGCAGCCACAUGUUUCACGCGCGACCGAUGGCGCUGCUCGAGUUGAUCUCCAUGAUAAAUACGUGCCCGUUCUUGAAACAUGUAGAUCUUAGCUGGAAUAACAUCCACAGCCUAUCUGUAAUCCAGUCGCUGCUCAAGGUGGUGACACGCCACCCUUCGCUGCAAUCUAUUGACCUGUCUCACAACCCCAUCCCGGCCGUGGCAGGGCGUUCAAUCGUGCGACUGAUCCGAAAUCCGCUUUCACAAGUGACAUCCAUCAACGUCGGCGACACCGGAAUCAGUGCUGACACCAUUGGGCAGAUCAACUCUUUUUUGAAGGAGAAGCUGACCCCUGCCGCGCUGUCGUACAGCGCCUCCACAGGAGACAUGCAAAGCCGACUCACUCAAGGCAGCUGCGAUGACGCGCUCAUGACGUCAUCGUCCACUACGGUGAGCUCCUUGCAGCAGAAGCGUAGCAUUGGUAGUGGGCCACUCAAGCAGCCCGCGAAGAAAGAGUCGCGCGGCGUGCGGCUCCCCCCAAUUUCACGUCCACCAGCGGCUAGGCGCCAUGGGAAGAUGCCUUAG